AAACUAUUAAAAAUAAAUGAUGGCUUAACUGUAAGUUUCGCGCGGAAAUUGGAAGUCUGCAGCGCGAGAAAUCUCAUGUAUGAUUAAAAUUUGCACUGAUUUAAAAGGAAAAUAUUUUCUCCUUAAGGAUUUUUUUUUAUUUUAUAUAAUAAUAAAAGGGAAUGGAUAGACUCAUCAAUGUGCCUUUAUGUGUCUUGGCAUCGUUUAGGGAUGAAAAUGCAGAAAUACGGUGUAAACCUAUUUCGAGAACAAGAAAUCUAGAGGAAUCCUCCGAGAAUAAUAAAGGUGCCCAGCAGUUUAAGUUAAAAGACAUACCAAUUGAUACUGGAAUGAAAACUAGAAAAUAUCCUAAGGUAGAAAAAGAGAUGGAUGAAGAUUGUGAUCCAGAAGAAGACGAGGUGUAUGAAGAAUGGAAACCAGAAAAAAAGAAGGGGAAUAAAGACUUAAAACCAUGGAGUGGUGUGAGUGAAAUAGAACGGUUAGCCUUAAAGAACAGAGAAGAACAUCUUGCAUUAUUGCGAUCAUUGAAAAUUGAACAGGCUAAAGAAGACUUCAUCCAAGCGGUUGAGGAGCUUAAACCUAAAAUGAAACCAAAGCCAGUAAAAAGAGUUUAUAAGAGCAAACCUUCUUCUCCGCCUGUGUUGAGAAAAAGUAAACGCUUAGCAAAAAUGAGUGUGGACCUUUCGGAAGGUGCAUUAUAUGCUAAAGCUAUUGAAAAAGCAGAAGAGGAGGCUGAAGAAAUAAUUAAAAAGGAAAUUCCUCCAAUUUUGCCCUUCAAAGAUGCUUUACACAGUAAAGGAGUAUAUGAAGAUUUUGAUAAAGAUUUCAGAUGGGCUUCUAAUGAGAACUCUACUUAUGAAUGUGAUUUAAGUAGUAAUGCUGAUAACAGAUAUGUCUCUCGUUUUCCUUUCAUGAAAGUAGAUGAGUCUAAAGUCGCCAAAGUUGUUCCUGCUAGGAUAACUGCAAUGGCACUAAACCCUUUGCCAGACAGAAUUAUUGUCACUGCUGCAGAUAAAUAUGGAAAUAUGGGCUUUUGGAAAGUUGACUCUGAAUCUGAUCCAUACUUAUUUGAAGUACAUUAUCAGAACAUUCCACAUCUGCAGUACAAUCCAGUAAAUCCUAAUAUGAUCCUUUCAUGUAGUUAUGAUGGAUCAGUGCGUUGUGGAGAUCUUGAAAACCGUAUUUUUAGUGAGGUGUAUGUUGAUGAAUAUUCAUCUUGCUCAUACUUUGAUUUUUUGUCGCCUACAUCAUUGAUUGUGGGGAAGAAAAGUGGAUGCAUUGCUGUGGUUGAUUUCCGAAAUGGUAAAUCAUCUGCAAAAAGUCAUGAAUGUCAUGAACAUCCAAUAAAAACUGUAAGCAUUCAUCCUGUGAAUAAAAAUUAUUUUAUUAUUGCCAUGAACAGAGGGACUGUUAGCCUAUGGGACUUGCGAAAGUUGCAGAAAAAACCAGUGUCUAGUAUAACUCACCACAAGAAGAGUGCAAAUUCAGCUUAUUUCUCACCUGUAACAGGGAAUUCCAUUCUUACAACAUCUCUUGAUGAUUCACUAUGCCUUUUUGAUAGUUCAAACUUAACAGAGUCAUUGCCACUGAAAAAAUCUGUCAGGCAUAAUAAUUUCACUGGGCGAUGGUUGUCCAUAUUCCGUGCAACUUGGCUUCCAGAAACUGAUGAUGUUUUUGUGGUUGGAAGUAUGGAACAACCACGGAGAAUACAAAUAUUCAAUGAUAACAUGAAAAAUAUUUAUAAUUUUAUGGAUGAAGAUUUGUCUUCUAUUACAUCUGUUAACAGAUUUCAUCCUAGUAAAUCAGUGUUAGCUGGAGGUAAUUCAAGUGGGAAAGUGUUUGUUUUUGUGGAUUCACAGUAAUUUUUUCAUGGAUUUAUAAAAUCACCCUCUUUAAAAAAACUUACAGGUAUGUCAUGCAAUGCCAAUAUCCUGUAUUUUAUACUGUUAACCAAGUUUGCACUAGAUUUGUAAUUGAAUCAUGUUGUUAAAUGUUUUGAUUCUGCAUUGCAUACUCAACUUUUGGCUCUUGUGCAUUUCUUUUCUCUCUUUUUUUCCUUCCCCCCCCCAGUAGGUAAUUUUAAAAAACAAUUUCAGUUUUCUGUAUUAGUAUUCAGUUGUUGUUAAGUGUUUUCUUUUGCUUAUUUACCAUGUAAUCAUACGACUUUUUUGCAAAGCCCUGAUUUUAAAAGUAGAAAGAAGAUUGUGAGGAAACUUAAAGGGAGAUGGAUGUAAUUUGCCUCUAAUUCAUAUUUGUGAACUUUUCAAACUUCAUAUUGUAUACUUUCAUUUUAUUUGUUUUUGUAACUCAUAUGUAUUAUUAAAUUUUUGGUCAGUCAGACUGAGUGAUAACUCAUCAUAAAAAUAAAGGCAUGUUUAAAAAAUAUUCAUCUUUUCACAACUUGUACAUGAGAGAUUUGUUGAAAACUUCCCGAAAAGUUCAGCUAAUUUUUUAUUUUGGUAUUAUGUGCUGCAUCUGAUUGGAAAGCGUUCAAUAAAUGAGUUACUGUCUUUUUUUUUUUUAGUUGGACUUAAAUUUAAAUUGAAUACUAACUGAGUGUAAGGCAUUUCUAACCAUGCAAUUUACUAGUUUUAAUUUUGCAUUUAAAUUAUCUGUAAAUGAGAAUUUCAAAAUUACUUCAUAGGAUAAUGCAGUAUUUCCAUAUUUAUGAAUCUAUUGGAUACAGCUUAAUAGAAAUUGAAACUCCCUUUCAUGAAUUUUUUAGAAGUAAAACAUUGAAAAGUUUUUAAUGCGUUUGUAAAUUUUAUUCAUAUGUGCAAGUGCUUUUGUUGUUUCUGCCAAGUAUUUGUUUUUUGCUGGAAACCAUUAAGAAAAAAAUUUUUUUCUUAAUUUCUCGUAUUAUUUUAACAUUUAUCUUUAAAAUAUAAUUGUACGUUCUAAUGCUGAUUGUCACUGUUUUAUACUUUGUAUAUAUGUAAAAUUAUCAAUGCUGCAUAUAAAUAAAUUGUGAAUUUCUGUAA